AUGCCCUUCGCAGAAGUGCCUGCCGCCGGGUCCUCGACUGUCGCGUCCCCAGUCUCCCAAGACAUCCACUCCCACUGUGAAAAUUGCAUCAACGUCUCCACGUGUAAGGACUCCAGCUGCCCCAUCGUGCCGUGCGACUGUGGUCACAAACUCCACCAGUGCAAGCUACAAGACCACGCGCUGCUCUGUCGGGAAGCGAAUUUUAAAGUAAGAGAGGCGCUCCUGUCUCGAGUGUGUGGCUCGUAUCGGACGCAAGGGUUUGCCCGCUGCUCGAAUAAACCGGCGUGGAACAGUGAAGUUUCAACAGGUUCUAACAGCAUGUCGUCGCCUUCGCAUCUGGGCACCGGUUGUGCAUCUCAAGACUACCUUCCGACUUCGACGCCUCCGACGUCACCUCUCGAUCUUUCCUCUCCUUCCCAUACGACUACCACUAACACUAACACCUCAUGUGCCGCUGGUAAACGCUUCCUGCUCGACGAUGCGGAGAUGGACGUGCUCGAGGCUCUCGCGAAAGACAACCCUGAUCUCUUGACGCACGGAGUCAAUUUGGACAUCGAGGAGACGAUUACUUGCUCUCCGGAGGAUGAGACACCACCGGGACUCCAGGAUUCCGACAUGAUGUCGCCGUCUUGCGAGCACGUCGGCUCCCUGCCGAACGCUUCCUCCGACCGGGACUCGAUACCCAGCGUCGAGAUAUUUUGCGUUGAAUCCGACGAAACGCAGAAACGUACCGAUAGCUUAGUUGAAUUAGGAGAAAAUAUUGUCGCCGAGGCUGUCCAGCUGGCCAAGGCCACCGUCGAGGACAUGCUCAGGCUCAAACGGGAGCAACAAGAGGCGUUGUCGAUGGACAAGUCGGACGGAAAGGCUCUGGAACAAAAACAAACCUCUGAACUGCUCGACUCGUUAAUGAAGGAAGCCCCGAAACCCGCAACACGGUAUUCGCUCGCCGCCGAGGAAGCCGACUCGCCAUCGGACGAGCCAGAUAACAACGAACCCGACUCGGAGCAACUGCUGGACGACGCAUCGCUGUCGCAGCACGGCCCCGACGAGCCCGAGACCAUCAGUGAGGAGUCGUCUUCCUGUUUGGAACCUAUCAGGAUCCAAGCUGCUAAGUCGCCCACGCUGGAGGACAUUCCUGAUCUGCCCGAUGAUCGGGAGAGAAACAGACAGCAGCACCGAAAUCAUCGACGAGGAGUCACAAACAAAACUACCGACAGCGUAGACAUAGACGACGAUGACGAUAGUCAGAACUCUGACACCGAGUCGCACUCGCCGUCGCCCGUAGACAGAUACCACUGCACCGGAACGGUAGUACGCAAAGUGAAGAAAACGGAAACAACCACCACUUCGAGCAAGAUGACUGCGGGAACUGAGGGAGCGCCCGCUCCGUCGAACAAGAAAGACAGCUACGUCACGAUUGCUGAGAAUGGACUGGGACGCAACGGCGCGUUUAAAGAGACCGCUGUCACUGGAGUCAGCCUUUCGUCCUUGAAACAAAGUUACGUCCAAAACGCUUGCAACGGAGGAGGAGGAGGAACGCUUUCUUUGCCCCCGGAAAGGACGCUCCGUGCACGAGAAAAUAUCCCUUCAAUAGACAUUGGACGGCUCAAGAAUGCGUACAAUAGUUUGGGGCAUUCCGAGAUCAUAAAGGCUCAAUCCCCGGACGACUUAGUCCCUGUCAACAUUAACGCUCUGCGCGAGAACUUUUCCAGGCAGCAGAGUAUCCAUGCUGCUCGGGAGCCCUCGCCAGUUGAAGAGGUGAAAUUGAGCGUAGACAAAAAGAAGGUCCAGAGCCAAUUCAGCGUUGACGGCGGAGAAACGGACUCCAAAUGCAAACGCUGCCAGAAGACCGUGUAUCCCGCCGAAAGAGUCCGCGCCGAGAAGGCUCAAUAUCACAAGCAAUGCUUCCGUUGCAAGGAAUGCAGCAAAACUCUGAGCGCCGAAUCGUACAACUCUCACGAGGGUGAGCUCUACUGCGCCAAUCAUUUCAAACAAUUGUUCCAACCCAAGGUCAACUUCGAGCCGGAUUCCGGACCAAGUAAGUACCACUAAAAUUCGGGACGAUUCCCAAUACCCCGAAUGAUUACAGGGAAACAACGUAAGCACGAGAUGAUCAUCCGCGAAAACGAGCCCAUGCAGCUUUCUCCAGAUGUUGUAAGAUGCGACACUCGUAGCAACAUGGAAGAUCUGGAGGGUCUGAAUCUGAAUCUCGGCUCGCUCAAGUCGCGUUUCGAAAACCAGUCGAAAGCGGAGGACGAAGUGAAGAAAUCAACCUCGGUCGCCGACAGAAGCGCACUUUCCCGGUCUGCUAGCGUCUUGAAGAGACUCGAAAAGUACCAAUCUGUCGCGUCAGGCGAGGCUAAGGCUGACUCUUCUGACGAGGAAGGCGAGGACGAAAUGGACAAAAUCGAUUUGUCGAAGAAAAUCGAGGUCUGCAGAGAGAUGAACGAACUCAAGAACAAGUGGGAGUCUGGAAAAGUCAGCAAAGAGCACAGAGAAGCGGCCAAGGAUGAGUUGGCAUCUUUGCGCAAGAAAAUCUGUGUCGGCCGCUCAGAGUCGAUGAAGGUCGUCUACGAGAAAGCGGUACAGGACGCCAAUCAGGCGGACUCGAAGAAACCGUCCGCACCAGACGACAUAAAUGUCACUCACGCAUUCGCUACGAAUCUCAAGAAGAAAUUCGAGACGGGAGAGGUCAUCAAGGAGCAGGAGGCGGAACGUUUGGAAAGCGUCAAAUCUGAGAAAGAGGAGGACCUGUCGGUUUGUCAAGAGACCGGCAUCGCUCACCAAGCCAAGAACAUGUUUAGACAGCUCGACAAAGAAAUCACAUCGCGUCCUCAGACCCAAACGCCGACUCCGCUCGCCAGGACCGCCUCGGAGAGCCGUUGGAAUCGGUCCCCUGGCGACUCCAACAAGAACAUCGAAAUUGUGAAGGCGAGCGAACCCGGACAAAAAGACCACAUCGAGGUCGAAACCACGGCCCUCACUGAACGCUUCAAGUUCUUCCAGAAUUAUAAAGAAGAACCGACAAGCAAAAAGGAUUUCAGGAUGACGCCUCCUCGUGAACUGGAGAAGGAGAACUCUCCCGCUCCAGCCUGCGAGCGAGACCCCAAUGUGGUCGUGAGCUCGACGGUCAUCGACGACAUACCUAAAGUUGACACAGCUACGAAGAUGCGUCAGAAGUUCCAAGAGCUUAUCGAAUCGCCGGCCGAAAAGAGUCUCUCGUCGGUGGAAACUUCUCGGCCUAAAGCGCUGAAGAGGAUUACACCUCCCAGGGAGACUUUCGAGGACAACGUCGUUGAGAACACCCCCGUCGUAGAUCCCAGCGUGAUCAAGUGCAGUUACAAGGUGGACGACGAUAUCCAGGUCGAGGCAGACAAAACCAAGUCGAUGAAGGCUCGCUUCGAGAACUGGUCCGACGUGGAGCAGCGGAAAAACUCGGCGAACCUCGACGAUGAUUGCCUGCCCGUGGACAACAUCACCCGAAACAUGAGAGCAAUGUUUGAACCUAACAGCAAUCAGAGCUUGCAAACAAAUGGCCAGACUGCCGAGCGCAACAAGCCGAAGGUCAACCGAUUUGUAUUCGGCACACCCGAGAGCGAGGUCUGUGCGAUGUGCCAAGGGAAAGUUUUCCCUAUGGAAAGACGUGAAGCUAGCGGACUCGUAAUGCACACGAAGUGCUUCAAGUGUACUCAUUGUAACAUCAACCUCAGGCUCGAUGGAUAUUCGCAAACUGGCGGAAAACUGUACUGCGAGGCUCACUACCAACAACUCUUCAAAGUUAAGGGAAACUACGACGAGGGGUUCGGACGCGAGAAGUGGUCGCGGACGCCCUCCCCUUCAAGCCAAGACACUCCUCCACUCAACCUCCCCCCCACCAGUUCCAAUCACACCGUGAUCGCGUAGACUGCCGUGGUAGACUUCCACUGGACGAGUGAAUACUUCACCAGAGCAAGCUUAAUUUCAUCAACUCGACAACAGGCCAACGACAACCCCUAGAUCCCAAAGUCUUCCUCAGCGCGACGGACGUCGUUAAUAAUUGUGACCUUGGACACUACUACGAUCACAAUGACUACCUCUCUCUUGUAUCUGUGAAGACUACACUCGUAGCAACGGAGAGACGAGUCGGCUGACCACUCGCUCUUUAGCUGCACUUUCAUCCUGUUGUUUGCCACACUCGACCCAAUCAACCUCAACAAGCAUCGAAUAUUAGAGAAUCAUGUUCUAGAACGAAUCGAUUCCUAUCGCGGAAGUGAGAGCCGAGCUCGGCGAGGAAGGAGUUCCGCUGGGGUUUCGUAAUUAUCGAGGUCUCGGUAUCAUUGUCGUUCCUUAAUUUUCACGCGAGCUAUCCAUAGAUCGCACGAUGCAUGAGCAGCGCGAGAGAGCCGCCGUACCGCUAGCCGGCGGAUCUGAACGCGAAACAUUCUCGCUUCGAUCUGGUAGAAUCGAUGGCCGCUCUCAAUUUAUUCAAAGAACUCCCCUUCGGACUCCUCUCUAUGUUGAUAUGGUUCUCUGAGUACACAAACUUUCCGUGAGAGUUCUGCUCGGAAACAUCAGUUGUACUGCGACUAGAUAUCCGAAUCUUCCACAUUUUUCAAUCUUCGAUUUCUCCUAGGUUGGGGCUGUUUGGAUCCCCUGUUUUGUGGGGCGGGCUCAGGAUUUUCGAACACGGCAGAAUAACUGCACGGUUCCAUGGGGUAUAAUUAAUCCGGUCUGGGGAGGAGCCGACGCUAAGUCAAGUACUGCUUAAUUUUCGGUUGAAGUAUCGGAGCUCGGGGCUCCCUUUGCAAUCCUGAAGAAGUUUUACAUAGAGCCAAGCACUCUUUCCGCUGUUUCAUUGUAGAUAUUGCCCAAAUACGAAAGGCUGUACCAUUCAUGCUAAGCCGGGAUCGAUUUGCUUUAGAGUUAGAGGGGGUGUUCGGGAAGCCCAUAGACUGGAACGCUCACCUCCGCGGGACACGGACGAGAUUCCCGACAAUACUUCAUUAUAUGAAUUCUGGCUCAUUAUCUAGAAACAAUGGGCGUGACACAGAGUGACACCCGCGGCUCGACAGCGUGAAGCCGAGAAUAAUUCCUUCCUAGAAUACGGGAAUUUUAUCGAGGAAGUGAGAGAAGCUAAACAUGACUUGUCACUUUUCUAGUUGGCCGUGACCCGUGCAUGAACAAUAAACAUUGAGACUGAUUGUAGAGCAAC